UCUCGCGCAGUAGUAGCGAGGCUCGGCUAUAGAACAAACGACUUUUUGCGACUAACCAUCAUUUCGCACCCGAACAUCGAUCAGUGUUCAUCUCUUUCCAGAAUAUUAUAGAUACAAUAAGAGUGACUCGAAGAACAGAAGAUUGUCUACUUUUGAUAUGGGAGAGGCGUGUUUGUUUCCGUUCCCAGAAUUGAAGGCUCGGUUGGCCAAGAUCGCCAAAGAGGAACUGGGUGAGGAUGAUUUUGUGCGCCGGCAGUCUCUGGAGCAAAUGCGUGUCUGGCUUGGACAGAACCAGCGGAUCAAGAACUGUCGAACCGAUGAUCGAUUUCUAUUGCGAUUUUUACGCGUUAAAAAGUUUUCAGUGGCUCGUGCUUGCGAAAUGCUGGAGAGAUACCUUACCAUGAGACAAACUUAUGCAAGAUGGUGCCAAAAGUUGGACCCUUUAGACCAGGCACUGCAGCAGGUGCUCAGUUACGCUGCUUUGUUACCGGUGGGGCGUGAUGACGAGGGUCGCGUGAUAGUAAUCGGCAUCGUUAGGAAUUUCGACGCUCAUAAGUACAAUUCCGAUGUGAUGAUUCGGCUCAACAUGCUCGUCUCUGAGGCACUGUUCGACGAUGAAGCCAAUCAGAUUGCUGGUUUUACGCACGUGUUUGAUAACAGUGACAUGAGCAUGGCCCAUGUGACUUGCUGGACGAUGGAUAACUUGACCGGCUAUCUGCGAAGCGUAGUUAAUAGUGUUCCGAUUCGACUUAAACAAAAUCACUUUGUCAACGUUCCGGGUUUUUCCGCACAGCUCAGCAAAUAUUGUUUGGGAUUUGCAAGCGAAAAGCUCAAGUCACGAAUUUACUGCCAUCGUAAUCUGGAUGAGCUGAAGCAAAAGAUUGACGCGCAUUUGCUGCCGAAAGAAUAUGGUGGCGAGAUCCCAUUAGCUGAGUUAAAUGAGCGCUUCUUAGAGUUUUUAAUGCAAAAACGAGAUAUGUUACUAGCUCUGGACGAAAUGCAGAUCCAAUUAAGCGAAACAGUAGAGACAGUGCAUGGAUGUACGGAUAUGGUGGCAGCCGGUGCUGCGGGAAGCUUUCGUAAACUGCAGAUAGACUAAAGGCGUCGCCACUUUUUCUACGCAGGUCGCAAAAAGUGUUUGAAUGUGCACAACUACAGAUUAAAAUGACAGGAAAUUGGUGUUAAGUUUACUGUGUUAUUUUCUAGAAGUGUAUAAGGUUGAUUUUUCAUAACAAGGUCAUAAUCCAAUACAAUCAAAAUUAUUCUUAUUA